AUGGAUCGCAACAACCAAUCCCAUGGACUUGGCCCUCGCCAUGAUUCCUCAUCACGAGUACAAAAGACCGAGUCUGCUGCGGAUAGGAUGGCUGCACUCAAGGCUCGAGUCGCAGCAGCAAUCGGAACCAGUAAGGCAAAGGGGGGUCUUAAUGUUGGGCUUCAUCCUGCCUUGGAGGAUCUAGGAUCAUAUAAAUCCGCAAGUAAAUCAAAGGAAUCGACGCCAACACCAUCAACCGGGCGAACAGACAAGGUCCGAUCGCAAGACGCCACGAGGCCUGGCUUCAUCAAUAAACAGAAUGGGGGAAAUCCCUACUACGAUCCUAGUCUUUCAACACAACCUGGUGGAGGGAAGGGACGACAGUCAAGAUCACUUGUGUUCAACCAGAAGGGCAAAUACAUCGCCCAAGCCAAUGCUCUUCGUCGACAAGCCGCCUUGGAGGCGAUGAAAAAACGGAUUGCAGAGCAAACUCGAAAAGCUGGUAUCGACGACGAUCUAGAUGUUGAAAGGAAUUAUGUCGUAGAUGCACCACCAGAGAUUGAGUGGUGGGACGAGGGACUUGUUGACGGCGGAAGUUAUGAUAGGCUGGAUGACCCUUCGAAACUCAAACUUACGACAGCCGACAGCAUCAUCACUGAAUACAUUCAGCAUCCGGUGGCACUCGAGCCACCUCAAGAUCGACACCUUCCGGCGGCGAAGCCUAUGUUUCUGACUUCGAGAGAACAAGCGAAGUUAAGGCGACAACGACGAAUGGCUGAGCUAAAAGAAAUGCAAGCUAAGAUUCGCUUGGGAUUGGUACCAGCUCCGCCCCCCAAGGUCAAGAAAGGCAAUCUGAUGCGAGUUCUUGGUGACGUUGCUGUCAAGGAUCCAACUGCUGUCGAAGCGCGCGUCAAUCGAGAGAUUGCGGAACGCCACCAGAAACACGUCGAAACAAACGAAGAAAGAAAACUCACCAAGGAUCAGAAACACGACAAAAUCGCGACGAAUCAACAAAAAGACGCCGAGAAGGGAAUUCACAUGUUGGUUUUUAAGAUUGGAAGCCUCGCGAAUGGACAACACCGUUAUAAGAUCGGCAUGAACGCUGAGCAACUGGCACUUACAGGCAUAUGCGUCAUGCACCCCAAAUUCAAUUUAGUGAUUGUAGAGGGAGGAGAAUGGAGUAUCAAGAAGUACAAGAAGCUCAUGCUUAACCGAAUCGACUGGACCGAGAAUUCGCCGUCAAGGGACCGAGACGGAAAACAAGGCGCCACACGCGACUGGCUUCUCGCCGAAAAGGAUAACGGCGAGCUUAAGGAUAUGUCGAUGAACGAAUGCAAGCUUGUCUUUGAGGGCGAAGAGAAAGCACGAGCAUUCAGGAAAUGGGGAAGUAAAGUGUGUGAGACAGACUCGGAAGCGAGAGAUGCUCUGGCUCGCACUAAGAUGGACAACUUCUGGCAACUCGCCAAAGGCUUUGCCUAG